AUGUCCGAGGUGCAGCCUGCAUCCCCCACUGCGGAGACCAAGUAUGGGGGCGCCGAAGGUUCGGAUGCGAUGUAUGUAAAACUGGUGUCGUCUGAUGACCACGAAUUUUAUGUGCGUCGCGAGUAUGCCCUUACCAGUGGAACUAUCAAAGCAAUGCUUUCCGGACCAGGACAAUUCCAGGAACACGAGACAAAUGUUGUGCACUUCCGCGAGAUUCCCUCUCAUGUGCUGCAGAAAGUGUGCAGCUACUUCGCAUACAAAGUCCGUUACACCAACAGCUCUAGUGAAAUCCCCGAGUUCCCAAUCGCCCCUGAGAUCUGUCUGGAGCUGUUAAUGGCCGCCAACUUUCUGGAUUGUUAG